UUUACAAUCUUUCCUUUGUGAAUCAGCCUCUUCGAUCUUAACUUCGCUCUGAUACAAGAUAUGGGGGGCUUCACUUUUGCAAAGAUCAGUCUCAUCCUGAUUGUGGCUGCUUCCACCUUAGCAGUUUGUACGGCCAACAAAGAGUCCCCUCCCCCAAAAUAUAGACAAGGCCCCAACAAGAUCAUUGUAGGCGGGUCGGAGGGCUGGCGCUUCAACUUUAGCUACACUGGCUGGGCUCUUAAAAAUGGCCCCUUCUACGUAAAUGACACUUUAGUUUUCAAGUAUGAUCCACCAACCGACAAUACCACAAUCCCUCACAGCGUAUACUUGCUACCAAACCUCCGGAGCUUCUUAACGUGCAAUUUAACAGGAGCUCAGAUGUUGGCCAACGUGACACAAGGAGGUGGGGAGGGCUUCGAGUUCGUGCUCAAAAGGUGGAAGCCUCACUACUUUGCUUGCGGCCAGCACGAUGGGAUUCAUUGCAGUGUUGGACAGAUGAAGUUCUUUGUCAUGCCAAUGCUCCGUUGGUUUAGAUAGUUAAAACACAAUGAUCUAGCUAGACACGGAAAAAUAAAAUACUGCUAUACUAUACUUGCUACGUUAUCCUCUCUCUUUUUAAUUUAUAUAUGUUUGUGUCGUCUAAAAUUAAUUAAUAUGUUUUUUUUUUUUCCCGUACGUUCUCCUUAAAG